GGGAGGAGGAAAAGGGGGAGGAGGAGGGCUGCUCCUUUGACGUGGAUUAUUUCCGUAAAGAGACGAUGGAGUAGCAGCGGCGUGUAGCUCGAAGCUAUCCCGUAUCGACCCUUAAACCGAGCCGGGAUUAGGCGCUGACCCCCAGCCAGAGCUGGGUUCAGCCCGGUAGUCUUACCCCAGUCUGUACAGACUGCUCCCUUUCUGCUCCCCGCCUCCCUCCCUGCAGCUACAAUCAUGAUUAAAGCCAUUUUAAUAUUCAACAACCACGGGAAACCAAGGCUUUCGAAAUUCUACGAGCAUUAUAGCGAAGACACGGAGCAGCAGAUCAUCAGGGAAACCUUCCACCUGGUCUCAAAAAGAGAUGAAAACGUCUGUAAUUUCCUCGAAGGAGGAAUGCUGAUUGGAGGAUCGGACUACAAGUUGAUCUACAGACACUACGCCACGCUUUACUUUGUGUUUUGCGUGGACUCUUCAGAGAGCGAGCUGGGAAUUUUAGACUUAAUCCAGGUAUUUGUGGAAACGCUGGAUAAAUGCUUCGAGAAUGUCUGCGAGCUCGAUUUGAUUUUCCACGUAGACAAGGUUCACAACAUCCUGGCGGAGAUGGUGAUGGGCGGCAUGGUCCUGGAGACCAACAUGAACGAAAUCAUCACGCAGGUGGACGCCCAGAACAAGAUGGAGAAGUCGGAGUUCUUUCCAUUCUUCUCUCUCUUUACAGACGUUUAUCUUUCAGUCUACCAGGCAGGACAGGUAGACACAGGCGGGUAUUGCAGGAGCGCCCGCCCGCGCCGUAUCAGCUGUAAAGAACAUGAACCUCCCGGAAAUGCCCAGAAACAUCAACAUUGGCGACAUCAGCAUAAAAGUGCCAAAUUUACCCUCCUUCAAAUAGUGGCGGCGAGAUCCUGAGCCUGCAGAUGUCAGCCAAUGUUUACGGUGAUGAUGAUGAUGAUGCAAUCUGUUUACCAAAACCUCAAAUUACCAACUUUUAUCAAAAGUAUAUAUCUAGAAGGUACUGUGUGAAUUGACACUCCUUGUUCUGGUGUUAUCUCUUGUUUUCCUGUUGAAAGAAUGAUUUCUUUUUUUUUUUUUUUUUUUGGAAGGACAAGUUUGAAGUAUUUAUUUAUCACUGGUACAUUCCUUCUGCCUCAAUGGAGGUCAGUCCAACUCCUCCACGAUCGAUCUGUGUCAGUUUGUAGCUGAAAUCAUUUCACUUACUAAAAUAUUUACCGGAAAGCAGGUUGUGACAUUUUGGGAGAGUCUUGCUGGAUUGUUUCAUCUCCCGACUAGAAAAAUCAAUCGAGAAGAGUAAAUGAAACAGUUUUCGCAUCCCAAACUGGAACAGGUGUGCUACAGUAUUCAGAGUGAUACUUUAUAGAAUAUUAUUUUGCAGAGAGUGUGACAGAAAUAUGGAGAUAUAUAAGAUGAAAUGUUUUUUUUCUUCUUGUUUGUAUGCAAAAUAUUUUUCAAUGAUUUGUCAUGUAUUAUGAAAUUCUAUUCAUUUUCAUCAGUGCAUGAUUUUUUUUUUCUCUUCUUUUUCAACUUAAUAAACUCUUGAAACUCA